AGUGGAAAAUUAUGAACGAACGACUCCACCGACGAGAUUUUCGGCUGUCCUCUCGGUAGUGCUCGGCGCUAUUCUUUCCUCCACUUUUGCUAGGUUUCCCUAUUUUCGCUAUUUAUCUUUUUAUUACGCCGACAGGCCGCACGAGCUUCUCCUAUUUACUGCCCACAUAAUGUCACUCGAUCCAGCAUCAGUCCCGUUUCUGCACUCUUGCGAGAGGUGUCGCCAGAAGAAGCGCAAGUGCUCUGGGGAUAAGCCUGCCUGCGCAUGGUGCCGCGGGCAUGGGAUUCCAUGCCGCUACCGGCGCUCGAUGAGGUUCAAGAAGCAGCUUGAGGGAUAUCCACUGAAUGGCGACGCAGCAUCGUCCUCGGGGCUGGCAGGUACGGGUUCAGGAGUGCAGCAGAGUGAGUCGCUGGCCAAUAUGUACACGCCUGUGCCGCUCCCGGGUCCCAACUCAGCGCAGGCCGCCUCAGCACCGCAGCAGCCGCGCCCAUUCUCACAGACAAGCCCAGCUACAGCGCCAAUGUCGCUGGCGCAAACUCAACCACAGGGAUCAUCGCCCGGGUUCCGGUCACGGAAUAUGUCAUUGGCAAGCAACUUAUCCCUCAUGGCUGGCACCAUCAACUCACCAAAUAUGGUAUCGCAACCGCUGGUAUCAGUAGCAGGCGAGUUCGUCGGUGGGUGGACCAGCUAUUUCAGGCUGCCGUGGUCAGCACUGGCAUGUUGUCGUCAAUGGAUGCGCUGUCGCGUCUGCUGUCGGUCGAUAUGCCGCCACUGUCGGAGCAGCCGCCAGAAAACUUGCUGCAGUAUGUUAAUGCUUACAUGACGCCAAUUCCGGGGGCGGUCAGUAUCUGCACCUGAGUGGCUCUCGUCAAACAACGCAGAGGCGAACAUAUUGGCAAAUCUAGGCGACCUUGCAGGCAUCGGGAUCAGUAAACGGCGGUGCAGGGCCGGUUCCGCUCAACUUUACGGAUAACCUACUUGGGUUCUCGCAAAUGGGCAGCGCGUCGGAUGAUUUCCUCAGCUCUGACUCCUUAUUUCCUACAGGAGGUGGGGUUUACCCAGGUGCAGGGCAGGGACCAUCGCUCCCGACAGCGGCUACCACAGCACAGCAGCUGUUUAGCAGCAUCAAAAACACCGCCAGCACACAGCGGAGCAGUCUGGCCA